AUGACAAAAGUAAGUUAAAUUAAAAUUUUUUGGUCUACUUAUAGAAAAACCUUUGCUUUUAUUUCUAAAAGAGUAAAUUAUUGUAAAUUUAUAGUGCUUUUUCAUUUUUAUCCUCUUUUUACAAGCUAAAAAAACAAGAGUUAGGGGAGAGGAAAAGUUGACACAAAGUUAAAAUUGUGUUAAGUUUUUUGUUAUUAUUUAUUCAUCAUUAAUUUUACUUUUCCUCGCUUAACUUUGACAAGCUGUCGUCGUACUUUGACAAUUCCUCUGUAAAUGUUUUAUUAUAUAUUAUUUGUAUAUUAUUGUUGAAAAAUAAGCUGAAUAUAUGUUUGUAUAGACAAGCUAAGACAGUUAACCUUGUAAUUUUAGGAUAGAAUGGGCGAAUCUAACGCUCCAUAUGUUUUGGCAUCAGUUGGAGCCAUUUCUUUGGCUGUCCUUGGAAUUCUAUAUGCCUUGAAAAAGAAAGGAAUUGUCAAAUGUCCAUUCGAAUGCAAAAACAAGAAGGUAUUUUUAUAUUUUGAUUAUUUUUACCGGUUUAGGCAACUUAAAGUUUAGGUCGAUAAAUAGAUCAAAUUCAUUUAAAAGGAACUUUUACAAACUUUUUAUUAACUUCGUAAAGAGGCAAUAAAUAAAAUGAAAUAUUUAACUACUUCACACCACUUUUAGAGGCUGAAAGGACCUAAAACAUUAGAAGAUUCGGAAACAAAAUAUGCACUAAAACUGAUCGAAAAACGCAAUGUCAGUCAUGAUACUAGAGUUUUUCGAUUUGCUUUGCCAUCAGAAAAACACGUUCUUGGUUUGCCAAUUGGCCAACACAUUUAUAUGAGUGCUCGAGUUGAUGGAAAAUUGGUGGUAAGACCUUAUACUCCAACAUCGAGCGAUGACGACCUUGGAUUUGUGGAGUUUGUCAUAAAAGUUUACUUCAGGAAUCAACACCCUAAGUUUCCCGAGGGCGGAAAAAUGUCACAACAUUUGGAAAGUUUGAAUAUUGGUAAGCUUUACAUUAGUAUGUUGUCGUAAAUACGAAAAGGUCUAAAAACGUGGUAAAAAUUAGGUCAUUUUUAAACUCAACAAUAUUUUUUUUACAUAUAAUAUUUUUAGGUGAUACCAUUGACUUCCGAGGGCCAAACGGCUUGAUUGUGUAUGAAGGAAAAGGCAAGUUUUUGGUCCGCCCAGAAAAGAAAGCCCAUCCGGUUUUGAGAAAAGUGAAAAACGUUGGAAUGAUUGCCGGAGGCACAGGUUUAACACCAAUGUUGCAAAUAAUAACUGACAUUCUGAAGCACGAAGAUGAUCCGACUAAAGUGUCGCUGUUGUUUGCCAAUCAGACUGAAGAUGACAUUUUGUUAAGGUAAUUUAACAAAAAAUAAUAUUCUAAAAUAAUAUAUAAAAAUAUUUUUAGCUUUUUUAAUUAUAAAAUUUUUGUUUUAAGGGACCACCUGGAAUCUUUGUCAAAACAGAACCCGGACCGCUUCAAGGUUUGGUAUACUGUAGACAGACCACCAGAAGGUUGGAAUUACUCUCAAGGCUUCAUUAACGACGAGAUGAUCUCCAAAGUUUUACCACCGCCAGGCGAGGACACCGCCAUCUUAAUGUGCGGUCCACCGCCGAUGAUCAACUUUGCCUGCACACCCAGCUUGGACAAAUUGGCAUAUCCACCUCAUUUGCGCUUUACUUUUUAA